AUGACAUCUACCAUUGUAAAGGAAGCCGAGACCCGGUUGUUCAUCAACAAUGAGUUCCGUCCGGCCUCCGAUUCAGGCACCUUUGAGCUGAAAUCACCGUCCACUCGUGAGACAGUUGCUCAAGUGCCCGAGGCGACAAUCGAAGACGCAAAUGUCGCAGUCGCAGCAGCCAAAGCCGCCUUCCCAGCAUGGUCGGCACUGUCUCCCAACGUCAGGGGGGAAUACCUGAGAAAGUUGGCCCAGUUAAUACUCGAAGCUGAGGAUGAGCUGGCUCAUCUAGACGCUGUCUCUAUGGGACGUCCUGUAUCCGCCUACAAGGAUGCGAAAGUCGGCGCACAGAAGCUGCAGUAUUAUGCGUCUGCUGGCUGGGAUAACCACGGCCAGACAAGCUUGCUGACACCUGGCUUCGUCAAUAUGACCUUCAAGCAGCCGUUCGGUGUGGUUGCUGCGAUCAUUCCUUGGAAUGUGCCCGUUUUAUUCCUUGUUGAUAAGAUGGCCCCGGCUCUUGCUGCGGGGAAUACCAUUGUUAUCAAGAGUAGUGAGAAAGCUCCGUUAACGUGCGCCAAGGUUGCUCAGCUCAUUCAGAAGAUCGGGUUUCCUCCAGGUGUGGUGAACAUCCUAUCUGGCCAUGGGCACAUUUCAGGCUCCACGCUUUCCCAUCACAUGGACGUACGGAUGAUCACAUUCACUGGGUCCGGAAGAGCGGGACGUCUGAUUCAGCAAGCUGCAGCAAAAUCGAAUAUGAAGAACGUGCUAUUCGAGCUCGGCGGCAAGUCACCCGCCGUAAUAUUUGGAGAUGCGGAUCUCGAACGCGUAGCGAAAGAGACUGCGAACAGUAUAAGAUUUAACAGCGGCCAAGUCUGCAUGGCCACCUCUCGAAUUUACGUUCACUCAUCUAUCGCAGAUCAUUUCCUCUCGAUGUUCAAGGAGAAGCUGCAAGCCAUUACUCCCGGUGAUCCUACCGAUCCGAAGGUCGAUCACGGGCCCCAGGCUGACGAAGCCCAGUUCAAUGCCGUCAAAAGAUUCAUCGAGCUUGGAAAGAAAGAUGGCAAGCUUCUCCUCGGUGGAGAUUCACUUCCCGACCACGAGGGAUACUAUGUCCAGCCAACUAUUUUCUUCGAAACGCCUGAAAAUGCGCAGAUCAUGAAAGAGGAGAUAUUUGGGCCGGUGGUCAAUGUUAAUGUGUUUGAGAGUGAGGAGGAGGUGAUCGGGAAAGUCAAUGACACCGAGUAUGGACUCUAUGCUUCGGUUUAUACACGUGAUAUUGAGCGGGCUUUGCGGUUUGCGAAGUCGAUGGAGGCUGGGAGUGUUGGUAUCAAUUGUACUAGCCCGACUGGGGCUUUUGAUAUGCCAUUUGGGGGUUGGAAGUCGAGUGGCAUUGGGCGAGAGGGGAUUCAUUACAGCAUGAACCAAUAUUUGGAGACAAAGACUGUGCUGAUGAGGAUUGGUGAUUCUUGA